AUGGUUGGGCUGGGUCCAAAGCGAAAGCCAUCCCGCAAGGGGUCGAUGGCUGAUGUGCCAAAGAGCCUGCUGGAUGAAAUUGCAAGCCUCGAGGAUCUGUUCACUGUGGACGCCGCAAGGCUCAAGAAGAUCACCGAACAUUUCGUGUCAGAGCUCCGAGCCGGCCUGGAGAAAGAGGGAGGCAACAUCCCCAUGAACCCGACAUGGGUCAUGGGGUUCCCCGACGGCAACGAACAGGGCACUUUUCUCGCCUUGGACAUGGGCGGAACCAAUCUGAGAGUAUGCGAAAUCACCCUCACAGAAGAGAAGGGCGAGUUCGACAUCAUCCAGAGCAAAUACCGCAUGCCGGAAGAGCUCAAGACUGGAACUGCUGAGGAGCUGUGGGACUACAUCGCAGACUGCAUGCAACAGUUCAUCGAAUUCCACCAUGAAGACGAGAAUCUGACACACCUCCCUCUUGGGUUUACGUUUUCCUACCCUGCAACACAAGAGUACAUCGACCACGGUGUGCUCCAAAGAUGGACAAAGGGAUUUGACAUCUCAGGCGUCGAAGGGCACGAUGUGGUCCCGCAGUUCCAAAAAGCUCUUGAAGCACGGAAUCUUCCCAUUAAACUCGUCGCCAUCAUAAACGACACGACCGGCACCCUGAUUGCGUCAGCCUAUACGGACCAGACCAUAAGAAUCGGUUGCAUCUUUGGCACUGGAUGUAAUGCUGCCUACAUGGAGAACUGUGGCUCAAUACCCAAACUCAAACACCUCAACCUUCCGGAUGACAUGCCCAUGGCUAUCAACUGCGAGUAUGGUGCCUUCGACAACGAGCACAAAGUCCUCCCUAUCACGAAAUAUGACACGAUUAUCGACGAGACCUCGCCAAGACCAGGCCAACAGGCGUUCGAGAAGAUGAUUGCUGGGCUGUAUUUGGGCGAGAUCUUCCGACUUGUGCUCGUCGAUCUGCAUGAAAACAAGAACCUUCUCUUUGAAGGCCAGGACAUAUCCGCGCUGAAGAAGCCAUACACCCUCGAUGCUUCGUUCCUUUCGUUCAUCGAAGAAGACCCGUUCGAGAACUUGCAGGAGACGCGCGACAUGUUCGAGGACAAGCUCAAGAUCCAUGCCACGAAGCCCGAGCUCGAACUCUGCCGUCGUCUAGCAGAAUUGAUUGGUACCCGGGCAGCACGACUCUCGGCAUGUGGCGUGGCAGCCAUUUGCAAGAAGAAAGGCAUCGAGAGCUGCCACGUCGGCGCAGACGGAUCGGUGUUUAACAAGUACCCGCACUUCAGGGCACGUGGGGCGGUGGCGCUGCGGGAGAUCCUAGACUGGCCAAAGGGCAAGAAGGACCCGAUCGUCAUCCUGCCUGCCGAAGACGGUAGCGGUGUGGGUGCCGCCCUGAUUGCUGCGUUGACGCUCAAGAGAAUCAAGGAAGGCAAUACAGUGGGGGUGCGCGACGUGAAGAACUUCCCGGGUCUCACGUAG